AUGAGUCAGGGUUUGGGCGCAAUUCUCACAUUCCAGCGGUACCUCACAGAUGUGGAAAACCGGCUGCAAAUCCUCGAGAACGCACUUGGAAAGCUAUUCCCAAGUGGUGAGCUAGACGAUGUUACCCGCUCUCUACUUGCCGAUGAGACGCCCAGGGACCAGGACUCUUUGACCCAAUCAUUCAUUGACACGAAUGAGUCGACAUUGAAAGAUUUCCUGCAGGAACCAGGUCCUACGGCCCUAGAAAAUGCGUUGGACGACUCCCAGAUCAACACCGAUUACGAUUUGACUGGAGUAGGACCCGAGGGACAACAUUUAUCUCUUGAAGCAUUCUCAAGCAAAGAUAACUCACCCAAUGAUCUUUUAGCAUCUGCAGAGAAGGAGAAAGAGUUUGCCGACACUUACUUUUCUCGUUAUCACAAGCUUUAUCCAUUCGUGCACGAGGCAACAUUCAGACUGGAAUUCCAAGAUCGAUUACUUAGCCCUUCAUCACAGUCAGUUCUGGCAAAUAUGAUUCUUGCCUUUGGAUCUUGGCUAGCACCUGAAAACCAUAGCGAUCUAGGAGUGCAGUAUUACAGAAAAGCGCAACAACAUCUUGGACAAAUUGCUUUGACAGACAAUGAGAGCAUCACCAUGGUCCAGGCGUUACUACUUCUGAGUGACUUUGCGCAAAAGAAUGGAGACCCCGAUGAAAGCUGGCAAUAUGUUGCUACUGCUGUUCGGAAGGCAAUUUCCCUCAACUUACACGUUGAGCUCACAGACCCAGGACUAACAGCUCUUGAUCGGGAGAUCCGGCGCCGCAUAUGGUGGGCCACUUAUUGUGCCGAGAGCUGUUCUGCCAGAAUAUAUGGGAGACCCCUUGUGCUUCCAGAAGAUGGGUUGAUCACAGUCAGACCUGUCACAAAUACUCCAAAUCAGAAUCCCACUUCACCCACAGCAUCAUUUCCCGUGCCGACAGAUGAUCCUACCAUAUACUCAGGCUUGAUCCAACAGUCAAAUUACCACCGCAUGGCAAAUGAUAUCUACCGCCGUGUUCUGUCCAGCCCAACCGUUACACCACAGCUCGUGAAUAGCUUCGAGAAAAUGAUACAAAAUUGGCAUAGUGACAAUCCAGCUGCAUGCGCCCGUUUAGUCAGUGGAUCUAUGGAGCAAUGGAAAUUGACAGCCUGGCGUCGUCAAUUCCUAUGCGACCAAAGCUUGCACCUUCUGAUUCAUAGGCCACUUUUACUCCAAUGGCUACAGAACAAGGACAUUAACAAGGAUACUGCACUUCCAGCAGAAGAACACGCUGCUGAGGCUCAAUGUCGCGCAGCGGGCCUUGCUAUUGCGCGUGAAACUAUCGCACAGAUUUCAGAGUCCAUCAUGGAAGGGACAUAUGACAAGAUGACUCUAGCUUUUACCUUGCACGUCUUGUUUCAUGCCUUGCUUGUUCCGGUUAUUCUCAUAAAAGGCGAUCGGUCAUCUCCCAAAUCGAUAUCUUAUAUCCAAGACGUCGAAAGGGCCAAAUCUGUCAUGGAAUAUCUUUCGGUCGAAGGUGACACUUUGUCGAAAUAUUUCGUCACGGUCCUCGAUCGCCUUUUUGCUGUGGCACGCCAGUCAACUAGGCAUGGUUUUGAUCAAGGCCCAUCUCGUGAUGACUUGCUAUCCACAAAAAGAGAUGGCCCUCAAACUUCGAAUAAUAACAUUUUUUGGUAA